UCCUACUUCCGGUUAAUUGUCAACAAUUGUUCUUUUAAUUAAAUACCAAAAUGGAAGAGAAAUACAAGUCGUACAUGAGUAAGGUUAAUCCUAUCGCCAGUAAAAUCAUUAAGGAUGAAGCAAUACUCAAACGUUCACUGAAAACACAAUGGAAGGAACUUGGUUUAAAAGAGCAAGAAAUGUUACUCGAUGACUAUUUGGUUGACAUGACUGUGAGAGAGAAAUAUGCUAACAUCGAAAAACUAAAUGCUUAUGGCAAUUGUUUCCCUAAAAUGAAAGUCGAAACUGGAGAGAAAAUAGUAGUUGAUUUUGAUAAUGAUUGUUGGACCUGGCAAGAUGAACACUCAUCCCCAUUUAACUGGAGAACCAAGAGUCAACAGGACCUAACACUUGACGACCUAGAACCUGAUGUGUUGUGUAAGGUUCCCAGCAAGGGGAAGCGACGGGAGAGUGAGGUGAGCAGGGAGCCAUCUCAAGACCGAGAAUCCAGGGAGAGGGAGUUCUCUGUUAACUCAUCUGGAACUGUAUGGAUGACCAACCCACUGUUGAGAGGGGUAGACAGACCAGAGCUUAUUGACAGGUGUCGAAGUUCAAGUCCAUGUAAGUCAGUAAGCACCUCCAAGUCUUCCCCAUCCACCAGCAGAUCCAAGACCCCAGAUGCCAUCAAUUACGGCUUUACCGGCAGUGUGGAUGACCUGUCCAGCUCUCAGGGUUCGUUUAUCAUCAAUCGUGGUUCAUUAGACAUGAACCGCAGUCCUUCUGUCUCCAGCAGAGAGAUUCUCAGCUACUCUCUAGCCAAUGACCCGGCACCAACAAGGCCAGCGCGACGCCAGAGGUCGUUCAGCAGGUCUCCAGUUAAAUCACUCAUUUCGAGAAAGUCUGAAGAUGAUGAGACUUUGGUGACCAGGACAGGAGAUAAUCACCAUGCCUUUGAUAACCAGGCCAUGGGUGAGAACUGGUCCUCAUUUGUAAAUCAGGGUAGGGAAGAUGAUACAAGCAGUGGGACUCCAUCACCAUAUCGAACACUACUGGUAGAGCCCCAGGGGAUGGGAAUGGACAGGGGGGUGGGGUCCGAGUUACUUCGAGGCUCCAUGGAGGAUGAGGAGGAGGAUUAUCUCGAGGUAACCAAGCCGGCUGCUGACGAGACAGACAGCCAGAAUGCCUCCAAGACAGGCUUUGAUUUUCUUGACAACUGGUAAAACUGAGGACAUAGUACAAUAAGGCCAUUGGAUUGACAAUUUGUCUUACAGUGUUUGUGAAAUAAUGUACAAAGUCAUUGUUUAGAAUCUUGCCAGUAUCUACAGUGCAAUAUUACUGAAUCUCACGCUUCACCUGUCCUCUGGCCGCGAUUUCUCGGAACUUCUUAAGCUUAACAUGCUUAAGUUGCUUAUUUCAGUAAGCCAAAAUACAAACUUAUAAUGAUAUUUUAUAAAUGAAAAAUGGUUUAUUGUGAUAAUCGUAAUGAUAAUUCUUAUCUAAAGUAUUAAAACUUUUAAAAGAGUACAUAAAACACAAAAUGUUUAAAACUUUUCAAAGAGUACAUAAAACGCAAAAUAUUGAAAAACAAAAAUAGUGGGUUUAGCUUAUAUCUGUUAAAAGGGACUUCAGCAGAAGUUUUGAGAAAUUGGGGCCUGCUUUGUAAAAUAUAUCUUAAUACAGUUUAUAGUAAGAUUACUGCUUUAUGAUAAUUGUUCCUUGGAUGAUUUAUAAAGCCCUUACCAUAAACCAAUUAGAUAAUAAUAAGGAAAUAAUUUAAAGUACAUAGUUUUAUUUACCAGUACUUGGCAUGAGAAACAUUUAUCUUGAUUUACAAUAAACACCUACCGGUAAUAUUUAGACAUGUUACAUUGAUUCUGGGAUAUUUAGUUGUACAUUCUUGAUUUGCUCUGCCAAUAACCAUGCAGGUACCCUUAGUUGUGAAUUUCAAUUGUAUGCAUGUUUGUUAUCCCCCGCCAAUGAAAUAGGAAUAGGGAGGGGGAUAUUGAAAUGGCGUUGUCUGUCUGUCCUUCCUUCCGUCCGUCCGUCACCUGCGUUUUCUCAGUAACUAGCUGGUAGAAUUUCAUGAAACUUAAAAUAAAUAUGAACCACUAUACUGGAAUGAUGCCCGUCCAAAAAAAAAUUUGAUUGGUCAAUUGUCCUUGGGGUUAUUGCCCUUGAUUUUUUGAAAAAUGCACAUUCACAGCCAUUUCUCAGUCACUAGCUGGCAGAAUUUCAUGAAACUUUAUAUAAAUAUGAAUUACUAUACUGGGAUGAUGCCUGUUCAUUUUUUUUUUGGAUUGGUCAAUUGUACUUGGAGUUAUUGCCCUUGAUUUUUUGAAAAACUCAUUUACAGCCAUUUCUCAGUAACUAGUUGGUAGAAAUUCUUGAAACUUGAAAUAAAUAUGAACCAACAUACUGCGAUGAUGCCUGUUUAUUUAUAUUUUGGAUUGUGAAAUUUCUAUAUGAGUUAUUUGCCCUUGAUUUAUUAAAAGAUCCAUGUUUGCAGCCUUUUCUAUGCAACUAGCUGGUAGAAUUUCAUGACACUUGGAAUAAAUAAGAACCAACAUACUGUGAUGAUGCCUGUCUAUUUUUCUUUUGGAUUGGUCAAUUUUCCUUAGAGUGAUUGCCCUUGAUUUAUUAAAAAAUCAUUGUUUGCAGCCGUUUUUCAGUAACUAGCUGCUAGAAUUUAAUGAAACUUGAAUGUUUUAUGAACCAACAACCUGCAAUGAACUUCUUCGGUGAAUUUCUACGGCUACAUUUUUAUCUCAACUAUUGAGUACUAUUUUGCAAUGAUUGAUGUUUCCAAGUAAGCAGUUUCGGAAAAGACAGUUUUAUUUAAUCAUCCCUCUGAUUUAUUUCGUUAAAUUUUUUUAUCAUAAAGUACCGGUAGUCCCGGUCGAUAUUUUAUAAUUUGGCUCGGAAAGGGAUAAACCAAUGUGCUUAUCUUAUUCUUUCUGAGAUUUUUUUUAACCUUCAAGCACAAACAAGCCAUCAAGCACAAACAAGCCAUCGUUGGCAGGGGAUAUCUUUUCACUGAAAAUGCUUGUUUUUUAUCAGUCUUGCCUGAAGACAUUGUUUCGAUGAUGAUUUUUCUAAAAGCAUUUUAACUAAAUCUGUUUUGUAUACGCUUGGUUGUUUUUUUGUUGCUUUUUUAUGAUGAAAACAGAUAUCCAAUUAUUCAAUAUGGUCAGCUCAACCAUUGCUGCUGUUAAAUUUGCUGAUAUCCAAUUAUUCAAUAUGGCCCAACCAUUGCUACUGCUAAAUUUGCUUUGUAAUUGUGAAGACUGUUUCAAAUUUUGAAAUUCUUUUCUGUUAUUUUCUACUUUUUCACAGUUAUCAGUUAAAUUAACUGAAAACAAAAUGUGCAUGAACAUUUUACAAACAUGUUUAUUUCACCAGUAAGAUUGGAGGGUCAACUGUAGACUAGUUCAAUACUCAAUUACAGCUUUUGGAUACUUACAAUAUUUAGUGUGUACUUAUCAGUAUUCUCAUUUUUUGAUGCAUUUUAUUCAUGAUAAAACUGUGUACAUGUAUAUAUAAUAGUAAAAUGCUAGUUCAAGACUUUAUUAUUAUCCUUGAUGAGCUACAAGCAAACAGUCGGCUUAUUUAAGAAAAUGUGAUGUUACUUUUUUAUUUGAUUUUAUAUAUAUAUAUAUAUAUACAUAUAAAUAUACAGUUAAUAUUCUUUAUAAAUGUAUAUUAAUUAAUAUGUUAAAUAACAUAAUAGAAGUGUUGUGUUCAUUCAUUGAGGUAUUUUUUUAUCAAAAUAAAGAUUAUAUUCUUCA